AUGGCCUCCAAAUCCAGAUGGGCGGACGAUGACCCGGAGACCGAGGCAAUAAUCGCGCAACAAAAACGCGAAAAGGAAGAAAAACGACGCGCCAAAGCAGAGAAGCAACGACAGGCUGAGGCUAAGGCUCAGCAAGCCCGGCAGGAAGCAAAUCGCACACAGGCUCCCAAUGACGAGUCAGGACCCCCGACAAAGCGACGGAGAUUUUCGAACGAACCCGCUGCGUCGACGGAUGACACGAUAGCUAGGGUCGAAGCCGAGGAGAAGAAGCAAUCCAGUCUGCUUCGUUUUCCGAUCGGGGAAUGGGGGCCCUGCAGACACGUUGAUAAUUUCGAAAGGUUGAACCAUAUCGAAGAAGGCUCGUACGGAUGGGUGUCACGCGCGAAAGAUAUCUCCACAGGAGAAAUUGUCGCACUGAAGAAGCUCAAGCUUGAGAACUCGCCGGACGGGUUCCCAGUCACUGGGUUGCGGGAGAUUCAGACGCUCAUGGAGGCGCGGCACCAGAAUGUGGUCUAUCUCCGAGAGGUUGUUAUGGGUAACAAGAUGGACGACGUGUUCCUCGUGAUGGAUUUCCACGAGCAUGACCUCAAAGCCUUACUCGACGAAAUGCGCGAACCUUUCCUCCCCUCGGAAAUCAAGACUGUCCUCCUGCAGGUUGUGGGUGGACUCGAUUUCCUGCACUCGCAAUGGAUCAUGCACCGGGAUCUGAAAACCUCGAACCUCUUGAUGAACAACCGCGGUGAACUCAAGAUCGCCGACUUUGGCAUGGCGCGGUACUACGGUGAUCCACCACCCAAGUUGACCCAGCUGGUGGUGACGCUCUGGUACCGAUCCCCCGAGCUGCUCCUCGGCGCAGAUAAAUACGGCACGGAGAUCGACAUGUGGAGCAUUGGAUGUAUAUUCGGCGAGCUUCUUACCAAAGAGCCUCUCCUCCAGGGCAAGAAUGAAGUCGAUCAGGUGUCCAAGAUCUUCGCUCUGACCGGUCCGCCAAAUUCACAAACAUGGCCUGGCUUCCGGUCAUUGCCUAACGCCAAAUCCUUACGGCUACCAUCCACAUCUGCAUCUGCAUCUGCAGUAAACCCACCCCUACUGCCUCGCUCCCAGUUCCCAUACCUCACCAAUGCUGGCUUGGGUCUGUUGUCGGGGCUUCUAGCAUUGAACCCUGCAUCUCGGCCGACAGCAAAGGAAUGCCUCGAGCAUCCUUACUUCCGGGAAGACCCACGUCCAAAGCCGCGUGAGAUGUUCCCUACUUUCCCCUCCAAGGCUGGUAUGGAGAAACGCAGACGUCACCACACCCCCGAAGCUCCCAAGCGGGGCCAAGAAGCACCGGAGCUGGACUUUGCGGGCGUUUUUGGAGGUGCCCCUGGUGGAGAUGCUGGGGAGGCAGGAGCUGGAUUCACACUUCGACUAGGAUAG